CUCCUCCUCCCCCGGGCAGCGGCUCCGGCGGCGCUUUCCUCCCUGGCGGCGGCUGGCGGCGGCGGGUGGAAAUGAGCAGGUCGGCGGCGCUUCUCCUCUGCCUGCUGGGCUGCAACGUGUGGAAGGCGGUGACCAAAACCUUAGGGGCGCCCGAGGCGGCUCAAGAAGUAACGCUGAAAGUCCAUGUGAGCGAUGCCAGCACACAUCAGCCAGUAACGGAAGCCUUCAUUGAGAUUUUUACCAACCAGAUCUCCAUUGCAUCUGGAACCUCAGGAGCAGAUGGCACUGCCUUCCUCAAGUUUCAGUAUAAAUUGGGCAAUCAGCUGAUAGUGACUGCUAGUAAACAUGCCUAUGUGCCAAAUUCUGCACCAUGGAAACCUGUAAGAUUGCCUGUCUUCUCUUCACUGAGUCUUGGCCUUCUUCCUGAACGCUCAGCUACUCUAAUGGUCUAUGAUGAUGUAGUCCAGAUAGUCUCAGGAUUUCAAGGUGCACGGACUCAGCCACAAGUUCACUUUCAGAGAAGAUCAGUGAAAUUACCAGAGAACACCAGCUAUAGUGAUUUGACAGCAUAUCUGACCGCAGCCAGUUCACCCUGGGAAGUGGACAGUUUCCCUUACUUGCAGGGAUUGGAUGGAAAUGGAACAGGAAACAGCACAAGGUAUGACCUCACCCCUGUCGCUGCAGUCAGCGUCCAUCUUCUCAGCAGUGAUGGUACUCCAGUCCCAGUGAAUGGCCCCAUCUACGUAACAGUGCCUCUGCCAACAAACAGCAACUUGAAGCACAAUGCACACGUUCCAGCCUGGAGGUUUGACCAAAAAUUUGGGACGUGGCUGAAGAGUAGUUUGGGACUUGUGCAACAGGAAGGAAAUCAGUUGACUUGGACUUACAUUGCCCCCCAGCUGGGCUACUGGGUUGCAGCCAUGUCACCUACUAUCCCAGGUCCCGUUGUAACCCACGACAUUACCAGCUAUCACACCAUGUUUCUUUUGGCAAUUUUAGGAGGGAUGGCUCUCAUACUUCUAGUCUUACUGUGUCUCCUUUUGUAUUAUUGCAGAAGAAAAUGUUUAAGACCUCGUCAGCAUCAUAAGAAACUGCAACUUCCCACAGCACUGGACACUUCUAAGAAGGAUCAAGCAACCUCUAUGUCCCAUAUAAAUUUAAUAUUUUCACGCCGUGAGUCAGAAUUUCCUGGCGGGCUCUCUGUUGCUAGCAAUGGACACACUGAAAACUCAGGUGCAAAGGAAUUAAUCAGUGCUGUCCACAUGGAGAUGGUGUCACCUAGUGGAGAAGCAGAUAUGCAUACACCUAUGCUCAAACACUCCUUCAGUACUUCCCAGGAGUUCAGCUCCCGAGAGGAACUGCUCUCUGACAAGGAGAAAGACAAGAGCAGAAUUUCCUUGGAUGACCUGACUCCCAGCGGGUCUCUGAGAAAAGACUACCACAAAUCAGCAGAUAGUUUUCCUUUAAAGACAAGAAAAUCUACAGAAACAGCUGAAGGCUAUGAGUCCCCCGUCAAAGAUGAAUAUAGGAGAAGUUACAAUGCUAUGCUAUCUCAGCCUUUAUUUGAAAAGCAAGAGAGAGAAAUUCAAGUAUCUAUGAACCAUAUUGCUACUGGAAGUAAAUACAAUAUUCAGGAACAAAUAUACCCCACACCUUCAGCUCCUGAAAAAGAGCUGCUGGACUGCAGACCUACUGAAUGUAUGAUGUCUCGUUCGGUCGAUCACCUUGAAAGACCUACAUCUUUCCCUCGACCAGGUCAGUUAAUCUGCUGCAAUUCUGUUGACCAAGUUAAUGACAGUGUUUACAGAAAAGUUUUGCCUGCACUGGUGAUUCCGGGUCAUUACAUGAAAUUACCAGAGCACUCUUUCGUUAGCCAGCCGCUGGUUGUCCCCGCUGACCAGCCCAUUGAUCUAGAAAGACUUCAGGCUGAGCUUCCCAAUCCUCAUGCACGGCUUUUUCCACACCCCCCACAGCAGUUGCAGCCCCAACAGUUGACAUCACAAGCAAUAUCUCAACAACAUUUGCAAGAUGCAGGUGCAGCUGAGUGGAGUCAACAAAACGCUUCCAUGUCUGAAUCUAUUUCCAUCCCCGCCUCACUUAAUGACGCAUCCCUGGCUCAAAUGAACAGCGAAGUGCAGCUUCUUACAGAAAAGGCGUUGAUGGAAUUAGGAGGAGGAAAGCCAUUGCCUCAUCCUCGAGCGUGGUUCGUUUCUCUAGAUGGACGCUCAAAUGCUCACGUUAGACAUUCGUACAUUGAUCUCCAAAGAGCUGGGAGGAAUGGGAGUAACGAUGCCAGUUUGGACUCUGGCGUCGACAUGAACGAACCAAAAUCUGCACGAAAGGGAAGAGGAGAUCAUCUGUCUGCACCACAGAGUCACCCACCAGUGCAAGAGCACCAGCAGAGAGAGCGGAAGGUUUCGGAUAGCACAGCUUACACCCAACUUGUGUAUUUGGAUGAUAUGGACCAAAGUGGCAGCGAGUGCGGAACGGCGGUUUGUAGCCCUGAGGACAAUGCUCUGCGAUGCCUACUGGAGGGCACGAGUAAGAGAAGUGGUGUGCAGCUGCCCAGUCUGCAGGAGGAAACGAGAACUGUGGAUACCAAACCAGAGCCAUUAACUAGUCCUGAGCAUGGAACGUCAGGUCAAGAUGAGGAGGAGGAUGAGGAGGAUGAGGAAGAUGACCAAGGUGAAGAUAAGAAGAGUCCUUGGCAGAAACGAGAGGAAAGACCACUAAUGACUUUCAACCUGAAGUAAGCUAUUGUGAAAAUCCACCAUUCAGUGGAGUAUAAAAUUGCCAAAUAUUCUUUCUGUGGAAGUGCUUGAUUUUUUUUUUUCCCUUUUCUUUUUUUCUUUUUUUUUUUUUUUUUUUUUUUUUUU